CCUGAGCCUUGCUCCCACCUCUGGCCUCCAGGGACCCUGGGUCUGUGCCCUCCACAACUCCUAAUUUCUGGUUGGCAGGAAAACCAGUGGCAGUCCCAGGUGGGUGUUUGGGUGGCUGGCUGGCUGUGCCAAGUGUCAGGCUGAGGUUGCCAGGUUCCAAGGCUGAUCAUUAACCCAUGGCAGGCAGGCAGGGCUGCUGGCUGGGAGGAGUGACAACUGUUCCAUUCUUCUGGAACAGUUCUGUGUUCCCCAGCACACAGUCUAAGCUCCAAGGCUGGCUCCACCAAGCCAGCAGCCUCUCCUGGGAUGCUCCUUCUCAUUUCCUAGGAGUCUUCAUUCAGGACAGCCUCCCCAAUCCUUGAUGAAUGCAUGCCUUCACCAAGCUGGGCUCCUCAAAAGGCCCUGCCUUCUUCAGUGCCUUUCCUGAGCCAAAGUACUGGGGAGCUUCCACUUGUGUCCCCUACCUCACGUUCCCUGGCUUGUUAUCAGGCCCCCUUUCCUCCUUUCUUCUACCCUUUUUCACUCCCGGGUCUCUCUAGAAGAGCAUGAAAUUGGGGCUGCAGGCUGGGCGUGGAGGGCCCUCAGUAGGGAGUCCUGAGGCUGCCUGGCAUUGCACACCAGGGACAAGGAACAGGCUGAGAAAGAGGUUGGCACUUCAUUUGGAUGGAGGCAAUGGAAAGUUACAGAACAGUGAGACAGUUACCUCAUCGCCGUGUCACCUUCUCGGCCACCAGCCAGGCCCAGGAGCUGCAGGACCCAUCCCAGCACAGUUACUAUGAUAGUGGUCUGGAGGAGUCUGAGACACCAUCCAGCAAGUCAUCCUCGGGGCCACGACUUGGUCCCCUGGCCCUUCCUGAGGAUCACUAUGAGCGCACCACCCCUGAUGGCAGCAUAGGAGAGAUGGAGCACCCCGAGAAUGACCUCCGCCCUUUGCCUGAUGUUGCCAUGACGGGCACAUGUACCCGGGAGUGCAGCGAGUUUGGUCACUCUGACACAUGUUGGAUGCCGGGGCAGUCAUCUCCCAGCCGCCGGACCAAGAGCAGCACCCUCAAACUCUCCACCUUCGUGCCUUACCAGGACCGAGGAGGGCAGGAGCCUGCGGGUGCCGGCAGCCCCAGCCCCCCAGACGACCGGAACACCAAAACGGCCCCCGUGCGCCUCCUGCCCUCCUACAGUGCCUUCUCCCACAGUAGCCAUGACUCCUGCAAGGACUCGGCCACCUUGGAGGAAAUCCCCCUGACCCAGACCUCGGACUUCCCACCCGCAGCCACACCGGCAUCUGCCCAGACGGCCAAGCGUGAGAUCUACCUGUGAGCCCCCUUCUGGCUGGCUGGCCACCCCUCCCCCAGCCGCCAGCCAGCUCCCAGAUGGACCCAUUCCAGGGCCCCCACUCUUGACCCCUCCAGCGUGGACUCCUUGGCCAGGGCCCCUGGUAGGGGAAAUACUGGCCUCAUGACCACGCUGGCCCUUCCCCCAUGCAGGGUCCAGGUCCUCUCCCGUUUCCAUCUCCCAGCUCCCAGGAGCCCUUUCUUCCCCUUGAUGGGGCUCCUCUCAGCUGAUGCCCAAGAGGGCUUCUCUGCAACGACUGGGCUCCCUUCCAUCAACUUCCAAGGAGCACCCCUUUAGCUUUGGGCAGAUGGUGGAGGCAAGGGUGGCCAGCACACUUUAACUCAUUGUUUCCCACAUGGCUGGACAGGACAGGGAUAGCACACCCCAUUUCAGCCCUGAAGUAGAGCUGAACUGGGAAGCCCCUCUCCCCUGGGAACUCCCAGAGGACACUCUUGACCAUCAGGGGCUCCCUGAAGGGCUUUUGUUACCAAAGGUGGGGUGGGGAUGGGGGUGAGAGUGAGAUGGAGGCCUGUCUUCCAGUACUGCUCCUGGGUUGGGCCACCUUCCCGCCUCACGCCCAUGCCUGGUCCCAUCUGGGCACUCCCCUUCCUGCCGGUCAUGCAGUGUCUGUAUAUAAGGACAUAUAAGGACCUUGGAAUGAUGUCCCCAUUUCUGCCUGAUUUGCAACUUUUCUCAUUGAUGUUGUGUUGUCUUGGGGGACCCCUGGGAGGGGGAACCUGCCCUGUGCCCCCUUCUCCCUGCCGCAGUGCCCCCUACCCCAGGCCUCUAUUGUUCCAUGUUGUAAAUACCCCUGGGGCCGUGGUGGGAUGGGGGUGCA